CUUUCAUAUGAUAAUGCAACCGGCCCUAAACUUAAAUGCACGAAUAAUUCACUCUCUUUCUGAUAUGCAGCCUUCCAUAUUCUCUCCCACAAAUUCAAUAAUUAUUUUCAAAAUUGAAACAUUUUCCAACGAUGUUCAUUCAUCAUUUCAAAACCCUUUCCAUCUUCCAUUAACUCUGCAUUCAAAACCCUAUUCAUAACCCUUUCUUCUUCUCAUGUUAUAUAAGAAAAUGGUUGGGGCUGAACUAUUCAGACUUCAACGAGAAAUUUCCAGUUCAUCUCUUUUUGCAUUCAAAUAUCUCUUAGGUACCAAAAUUCGAUCCUUCCAAUGGCUCGGCCAAUUGAAGCAGUCAAGGACAUCAACGAUUCAAAAGAUUUGUGGAAGGUUGCUGUUCGUUGUAAGCACAUGUGGACUGUGACAAGUGCUUCCAACAAAGUUCAUUUGGAGCUGAUUUUGGUUGAUUCCAAUCUUGACAUGAUUCAAGCCAUUAUCCCACCCCAUUUGGUGUCAAAAUAUCAGGCUGAGCUUGCUGUUGGAGGUUCAUAUGUCAUGCAGAAUUUCAAGGUUUCAACUAACGAUUUUUCUUUUAAAGCUACAACACAUGCUUUCAAAUUAGUCUUUUGUGGUUCAACUUUUGUCAAAAAAUCAGAGUUGUCCAACAUUCCUUUGAAUUAUGUUAAAGUUCUCGAUUUGGCUUCUAUAGUUGAUGGGAAGUUUCAAUCUAAUUUGUUAGUUGAUGUUGUUGGAGGAGUUACUGAAAUUAUUCAGACUCAAGUCAAUGUUGAUAACAUCAAAAGUAAGGUUGUAUUUAUAAUAACAGACGUUAGCAAGUCUUUGGUUCAAUGUACCCUAUGGGGCCAGCUAGCUAUUCAGUUUAAUGACUAUUACAAGACAUUAAACGAUGAAGGAAACGUUGUUGUCCUUAUAGAGAAUGCAAGGAUAAAGGGCGCAACAGGGGGUUAUCCGUUGAAUGUCUCUAAUGCAUGGAAUGGCACUAAGCUAACUAUAAAUGAUGUUAGCUUUCCUGAGAUAAGUAAACUAAAAGAAAGUCUGAAGGAAAUAUUACCAAAGUUGUCUUCGUCAAGCUUGCAAGUUGAAACGACUCAGAAUUCACAGUAUUCUGACUUUGAUAAGUUCAUAUGGAAGGCUGAUAUUCUUAGUCUUGCUGAAAUCAACACUCUUCAACAUGAGGCAACCUGUGUAACUGUUGCUGAGUUGGAAAAAUUUGAGGUUGGCCAGGCUGGGUGGUAUUACGAUGGGUGUGGUGAGUGUACAAAGAGUGUAUCUCUUAAAGAUGGAAAAUUGAAGUGCUAUGCGAAUCACAUAACCUACAAACCGGUUCCCAGGUUUAAGCUUGAAGUAAUGGGAACUGAUGGGAAGUUCAAGGCACGAUUUGUCUUUUGGGACGUUGAUUGUGUGAAGUUAAUUGGAAAAUCUGCUUUAGAAAUUAAAACUGAACUAAUUGAGGCCGGUGAAGACAAUCCCUUUGAAUUCCCGAUUCAACUUGAUGCAAUGUUGACAAAAAAGUUGGCUAUUAGAGCUGUUUUUCAGCCAAAGUUUAACAGGCUAUCAGUAAUUGGUUUCAAAGAUGAUGAUGAAACACGUAACAAAAUACGUGACAACUUCAAAUGUGAAGAGCAUACAUCGAAGCUUGGAGUUUCGGAGACUUCGUCACAAGACGAUAACCGGAGUUUUUCUGAACCAUUUUCUGCAUCUGCAGAUUACGAUCCUUCAGCCGAGAAUUCGGCAAUCACUCCGUCGAAAAGGACAUUACCUGAUGCUGUAGAAGAUGUUGAAAGUGUGCAACUGUCCUCAACCAAGAUGACCAAAUCAAUCAAACAGGAGAAGUAGGAACGUCGAUGAAACUGCUGACUGAAGCUAUAUAUUUUCAUUUGCAUUAUUUUAUGUCAUCUUUAUUUAGUGUCUUUAUUUUCAUUUCAUUCACGUUGAUGCAGACAUGUUAUGCUGAGGCUGUUUAAGAUUUAUGUUUCAGAAUUACUAUUUAUUAUCAAUUCCUACUUCAAUAUAAUUUCUCAUCUUUGAUUUUCA